AUGUCCCAGACUGUGGAGCAGAAGUACGACUUGAUCUCGCGUAACCUCCAGGAGGUUCUCAACAAGCAGAUCAUUCUUGACACUCUCAAGGAGCGAGAGCUCAAGAUCUACUGGGGUACUGCACCAACUGGAAAACCUCAUUGUGGUUACUUUGUACCCAUGACUAAAAUUGCCGACUUUCUGGCGGCUGGCUGUGAAGUCAAGAUUCUGCUCGCUGACUUGCAUGCUUUUCUCGACAACAUGAAGGCCCCUCUUGAGUUGGUUCAGCACCGAGUGCAGUACUACGAGUACAUGAUCAAGGCCAUCCUUCGAUCUAUUGGUGUUCCCCUUGACAAGUUGACUUUCGUUAUUGGUCGAUCUUUCGAGCUCAGCGCUGAGUACACCAUGGACCUUUUCAAGCUGUCCAACCGUGUCUCCGUCAAUGACGCCAAGCGAGCUGGUGCUGAUGUUGUCAAGCAGGUUGAUAACCCUCUGCUCUCUGGUCUCAUCUACCCCCUGAUGCAGGCUCUCGAUGAGGAGUACCUGGGUGUUGAUGCGCAGUUCGGCGGUGUUGACCAGCGAAAGAUUUUUGUUCUUGCUGAGGAGAACCUAACUUCCAUUGGUUACAAGAAGCGAGCACACAUGAUGAACCCCAUGGUUCCCGGACUUACUCAGGGUGGUAAGAUGUCUGCCUCUGACCCUAACUCCAAGAUUGAUCUGCUUGAGGACACCAAGACUAUCAAGAAGAAGAUCAACGCUGCCUACUGUGCUGCUGGCGAAGUUGAGGGUAACGGCUUGCUUUCUUUCGUUGAGUAUGUCGUUUUCCCUAUUGCCGAGCUUAAGAACAAGGGCAAGGCCACUUUUAACAUCGAGCGACCUGAGCAGUACGGAGGAAAUGUCUCUUUCAACUCUGUCGCCGAGCUCAAGGAGGCUUUCGCUGCUGAGAAGCUGUCUCCUGUUGACCUUAAGACCGGUGUGGCCGCUGCCAUCGACGGCCUGCUUAAGCCCAUCCGUGAUGAGUUUGUUAACAACGAGGAGUUCCAGAAGAUUGAGAAGCUGGCUUACCCUCCUCCUGUUGCUGCCCCCAAGAAGGAGAAGAAGGUCAAAAACAAGGGUUCUCGAUACCCUGGUGGCGCAAAGCCUGCCGAGGGUGAUGCCGCUGAGUCUGUUGCACAGAAGCUGGAGGAGACCAAGCUCGAGUAA